GGGUUGUCUUCCUGACGUGGUUGCAGGCGUCUUCAACCGUGGCGGCAUACGUGCACGGAGGUGGGCGGCGGUGGACGUCGUUUUUUGUCUACGAGGGACGUGAUGGACGGAUGCGAUGGCGAUGGACCUGCUGUGCUGUCGACGACGGAGAAAACAACAGUCGCGGCGGCUGCGGUUGCCAUUGUUCGUCAUUUUCAAAUCGAGAGUGCGGCCGGGCGCAUGAAGGCAGCGCUUUCGAGGUGGCGGCAGAGGCUACUGCUGCAAAGGGUGUUGGACGCCCCGGAGUGCAUCACCACAUCCCAAGCCGUGGUUCAGCUGUGUGCUGCUAUCGGGUGCGGUUUGCUUCCUCGGGCGACACCACGUUGGUGGAUGCGGCGGAGAGCUGGCGGGACUUGGGAGGAUUUACGGGUUUGCGAUGACGCGACAGAGGACUACUUCCGGGAAAAGCUCCGCAUGUCGAGGAGAGUGUUCAUGGAGAUCAGCGAAGCAUGUCGACAACAAGGGGGUCAUGAUGCUCCGUUGCACGUUUUGCAACAAAGUUUUCCAAGGGACCCAGUUUCAGGCCACGAGGCACUUCUCGCAGACAAACUACUGCAAGGACGUCAGCGACGAGGCGUUGUACGAGAUUGCUCGAUUGCUCGACGAACUCAGCAGCAGUUCGAGGCCGAUCAGAUGGAGAGGGUUGCGAGGUAUGCGGCAGAGCGCAGACUCGAUGUGCCCGACACGGGUGGUGCAAGGGGAGGAGAGGCGGGGCGGCGUCCGGCGGAGGGAGGGGUCGGGGGAGAUGGUGGGCAUGGUGCGGCAGACCCCACUUUGGGUGGUGGAGGCGGUGAGACGGAGGAGGGCGUGAUCCACGUGGAUCACGAGGCGCGUGGCCCGGGUGAGGAGGGAGUCCCGGAACGGGAGGAUGUGCCUGAGGUUUAUCCAGGCACUAGCAAGAGGUUGGAGGAUUGGUGGAGGCGAGCAGGCAAUGAAGCUGCAACGGAGGGGUCUUCCAAGAGGAAGGAAGGGGGGAGUGAUCCGGCUGCCACCCCAGCAGGGAAGAGGCUUCGCCAGCAGAAGGUGACUGAUGUCUACGGUGGCGAGUGCGUUGCUCGCCACAAGAAGGCAUUCCUUCGCUGGUUGUAUUCCAGUCGGGUCUCCUUCAAUGCCUUCUGCAACCAGGCGUGGAAGGUAUAUCAGCAGGUGCUUCUUGAGCAGUCUGGCAGUUCCCCGCGCGCAGUGCUCCCCAACCACUGCGAGAUUGCGAGUAUGCGGGCGGUGGAGACCCACCGUGCGGAGUUGGCGGAGGAGUUGGAGGAGGUGAGGCAGCCAUUCUGGGUGACUGGUGCCACCCUCCUCUCCGGUGGGAGGAAAUCACAAAACGGGAGACCGAUCGUGAAUUUCCUUGCUGCUGGCUCUCGAGGGGUCGUCGUGUACACGGCGAUCAAUCGAGAGGGCGAGGCGGACGAUGCAACGCACGUCCUUCCGAGAUGGGUUACCAUCUUCCACGAGUUCAGCUUUGGCGGGCCGCAGCGGAUCAAUGCGAUAUGCACUGACUCCGCUUCUGCCUAUGUGGGGGCUGCGAGGGCAUUGACCUCACCGUCCAUACCUCCUGCACUGAGGAGGAUCACUUGGCUCCCGUGCUCCGUCCAUGUCUGCAACAAAUUGUUGUCAGACAUGGGGACGAGUUGCGACUCGUUUGUGGACGCGAUCACACGCGCUCGUGUGCUGGUGGUGUUUUUCAAAACCCACCAGGCCGCACUUCAUUUUUUUAGGAUGCGCAGCCCCGACAAGGGGCUUAUUCUUUCUUGCGAGACGCGGUUCGCGUCUGUGUACUCCAUGCUGGAGAGGCUGUUGGCCCUGCGGGACACUCUGCAGGACAUGAUGCGAGGGGACGACGCACGGGCUUUUUCUUCCAUCCCGUGGUCCGCCGAUGUGUGCGUCAUAGCGCGUUGGGUGUGCCGACAGAUCAGAUGGGAUCCAUUGUGGCAGAGGGUGGCCACCAUCGUCCAUAUCAUGCAGCCCGUCAUGGAGUUGCUAAGGCGGAUGGAUCCGGAGACGAACUGGGCAGUCCACGAGGGCAUUCACACGAAGAAGCGCAACCAGUUGGCCUUCGAGAAGGUCGUGCAACUCGUUGAGAUCACCGCAAAUGUGCGGUUGAUUGAGUAUCGGCGGGCUGGAUGCGGUUAUGUGCUGCCAUGGCAGCGGAACGAGGGCAUGCUGGAUUGCAAGGCAGGACUCGAGUUGGAGCCUGUGUGCUCGGGGACUCGCAGGGGGAUGACGGAGGAGGAGAUCGCCCGUCAGGUUGCACUUAUUACCCGAGAUCCCAUCGGGGCGUCCGCACCACCCUCGGCUGAUGCCGUUUUCGAUAGACGUGAUUGCAUUUUUCGUCCCUACCCCAGGGAGGACGACUCAGACGAGGAGCUGAUACCCGAGGCGGCAUAUGACCCUGCGCUCUGCAUUCCCCGGGAGAUUGACGAGACGCACGACGAUCCCGACUCCGAGGAGACGAGGGCACACACUGCACGACGGGCGGCGGACCGGGCGGAGAGGGAGAUGCUGGGGGGAGACGAGGACUUAUGGGCCCCAUUCCGUGAGGUCGCUUCCACUGGCGGCCCAGAGGUGCAGGCGAUGACCCCCACUCCGACGAGGCGGGAUUCGUCCAUGCCGCCACCUCCUUCUCCGAGUCCUGCACCACCAUCGCCCGAGGAGAAGGCACCUUCGGCAGCAGCAGUGGAGAGUUCAGCGCCACCAGCGGCGGUGUCGGACGCGACGAUCGCAGCCGCGGCGGAGGAGAUAGCAGCAGCAAUCAGCAACAUCAGUGCUGGAGGAGAUGGCCGCAUCAGUGCUGGAGGAGGAUCCACCAGCGGCAGGAGGAGGUGCAGCAGUGGAGGGGCAGGUGGCAGCAGCAGGAGGAGCAGGUGGAGGAGCAGCAGCAGUGGAGGAGGAGGAGGCACCGUCGGCAGCUGCAGUGGAGGAGGAGAUAGCCACACAGGCCGAGAGGAGGCCAGGCGUCGAGAGAAAGGGGGGGAUUGCGUGCAGGGUGGGGUGGUGGCAGGGGAGGACGUCGUGGAGGUAGUGGCAGCAGAGCCGGUACCCGAGGCUAUGCCGGGUGGAGCAGAGGCUGUGCAGGCAGGACAGCGACGAGUCGAGGGGCAGGAGACAGUGACGGGUCUUGUCGUUCCGUUUUCGGGCCUGCACUUGGCUCAGGCCCGACAGCCGCAGGCGGUUCAGAUGGCAGUGCAUGGUGUGCCACCGCCCGUUAUCACGGAUUUGGGGUCCGAGCCGGUGGUUGUGCCCCCACGUCUUCCUAGCCACUUUGCUCCGCAGGAGGUCCRUCGUCCUUUGGAUGCAGAGGAGUUGGCGAGAGAGGCUGUGCGCGAUGUCACUCGCUUGGACCGGCGGAUCUUCGACCGGAGGCUYSAGCACCCACCAUGGCAGACGAUCCCUUCGGUUCCAUGGGGUCCUGCGUCCCCCGUGUGGUCUGGGUCUACCUCCACCGGAGGACAUACYGCGGGACAUGUUCCAGGGGUUUYGGGUGGCGUGAYGGAGACAGCGCCACGCACAGGAGACAUGCCACCCCCUCCUCCCAGAGCACCUGCAGGUGAUCCAUCAUCGUCGCCCACAGGCAGAGGCUCUCGAGAUGCGUUGCGUAAAGUCUCUGAGGAUCCCAAACAGCUCGGCGGUCGCUGGCUAGGGCGAGCGGCCACCAUUGCAGAGGCUAGUGCGAGGGUUGUUGUGUUGGGGAAGGGAGGAGGCACAGUCACCAUCGAGGAGGAUGAUCCUGAUACGGAUGCGGUUGUGCGGGAUGUGGACGAGGACUACGAGGGCGAGGAGGGGGGUGAGGAGGAUAGCAGGAGCGGUUCCGAUGGUGACGACGACGACGACUACGAUGAGCCCCCACCUUCCCCAGGACCCCCACCGACGCAGUACGUGGACAAACCGGCGAACGCGCUUAGUGAGAACUACUUCAACCGCAAGCACCGUUUUUUCGUCAUUGCGCAGGUUGUGGUGGACCUGGAUCUGCGCGUCCUUGAUGUGUUCGUGGGAUAUCCGGGUAGCUGCCACGACAUUAGGGUGAUACAGCUGUCAAGUCUGUCGAGGCGCGCGAAAAAGGGAUUGCUGUUUCGUGGGCCGCCUGUGACGCUGCCGGGAGGGGUGAUGACGAACUGAUACAUCUUGGGCGACAACGGGUAUCCUCCUUCUAAGUGGGUGGUGGUGCCGUACGGAGGAAUCAAUCAGCACCUGGACG